AUGCCGGCGGCGCUGAGGUCGUCUCUGGACGGGAGCAUGACGGAUUCAGGAGAGCUGGAGCAGCCGGCGUCUCCAUGCCUCGGAAAAGUGCCCCGUGACCUGCUCCAAAACUUCCCUCACACCAAACGUGUGGGCAGCUACCUGGUGGGCAAGAUGAUCAACAAGGGCUCGUUUGCUAAAGUUAUGCUGGGCAUGAAUAUCAGUACAGGAGAGAAGGUGGCAAUCAAGGUGAUUGAUAAGAAGAAGGCUCGUCAGGAUUCAUACGUGUUGAAAAACAUGAAGCGCGAGCCGCGGAUUCACCAACUGAUCCGCCACCCCAACAUUGUCCUGCUGCUGGAGACUCUGGAGACGGAGAACUGCUACUACAUGGCAAUGGAGCUGUGCGGUGGAGGAGAUCUAAUGGAUCGCAUCUGUGACCGCAAGCGGCUGGACGAGAGAGAGGUGCGCAGAUUCACCCGCCAGAUACUGUCUGCUGUAGAGCACCUGCACAGACACGGCAUCGUACAUAGGGACUUAAAGAUUGAGAACUUCCUACUGGAUGAGCACAACAACAUUAAGAUAGUUGACUUUGGUCUGAGUAACACACUGAAGGGCGACUCUCUGUCUGUGGAUCUGCUGAACACUCAGUGUGGAAGUCCUGCUUACGCUGCUCCUGAACUGCUGGCGCACAAGAAAUACGGCCCUAAAGUGGACGUGUGGUCCGUAGGUGUGAGCAUGUUUGCCAUGUUGACUGGCACGUUACCCUUUACCGUGGAGCCCUUCAACAUCAAGCAGCUUCAUCAGAAAAUGGUGAAUGGAGAAAUCAGCCCCAUACCGUCAGACAUCAGCAAACCGGCUGUAGAGUUCGUCUUGUCUCUGCUGGAACCAGAACCAGCUAAAAGGCCAACAGUAAAAUCAGCAAUGGAGGACAAAUGGCUGAAUGAGGGUUAUGCCAAGAGACCCUUGCAUACAGUCAUUCAUAAAAACAGGAUGCGUCCUGAGGAUCUGAAUUCAGCUGUGUUGAACUACAUGACUGAAUCUUUAGGUUUUGGGCUUUCUGAUGUCAUCCACACGGUCAUCAGUAACAAGCCGUCCGCCAUCUUAGCGUGCUACCAUCUGCUGCUGAAAAAACUGACCAGGCAUCAGAAAGUGGUGCGGAGCAUGAAGAGAGAGGAGAACAGUGAAUGGAAUCUUCUGAAUAAAGGCUUGUUGAGAGGAAGAAGCAAUGCAAGUGCAAAGAGUCAGCAGCAGUCUCCACAGAGUGAUUCAGCCAAUGAGAGAAGCUCAAGGCAGGCUAAUAAGAGCCAGAGGAGCCAAUCACAGGACAGAGAUGCCCAGAGUGGCAUAAAAAGACCAGCGGAGACCAGCAGACCAAAGCAGACAAGCCUGGUGGACAGAGUAGAUUCUCCUGCUUCACCGCCGGUGGACACGGCUAAUGAGAUCGCCAUACUGGUGGAGACACAUGAUGGACUGAAUCCAAAGGUGUCAGUGUUUGUUGAGAAGGAUCUACUUCACGUCUGUUCACCGAAGUGCUCCUGCAGAGACGCGAGCGACCCCAAUCUCUGUGACUCUGCUCCCUGUGAUGCCACAGACAUCUCUAGAGACUCCCAGAUGAUCAAAACACCAGUCAAAACACAUGAUCUGAGACCUACAUACUCUGACAAAUAUCAAGCGCUGGAAUGUGAACAUCAGCACGACGACAAGCUAGAAAAGUUGCAGACGUUCUACUCGGACAAGGGGCCUUCUCCCAGAACAGGACAGCGCUUUAAAGACCUCUUACUGGCCAUUGAGGAGAAAACCUACAACGCUCGACACCUCAGCACGGUAGAAACUACAACACAGACGUCUCCUUUACCGCGUCUGCGUCACACAGGAACGCUGAAAGAAGGCACAGCUAGAAAAGUGACAUGGGUUGGUCUUACGCGCCACACAACGGCUGGCACAGGCUCCUCGCCUUUCUUAGUUAAUGGCUCAAAACCGCCAUUGUUUCCAUCUCAGAGACAACAAGCUCUCGUCAUUAAAAACCUGAGACACGCAAAGGAGAAGAGGAACACGGUAACGGGAGGAGGCAUAGGGAUGGCCAGUAAUACAGCGAAAAGAAACACAGUGCAGUUGCGCACCGCGAUACAGCGCAAAGUCACAGACCUCAACCUACCGCUGCUUCCGUCUGCUUUGCAAAACAAGUCGGACAAAAAGUCAGAGAUACUCCGAAUGGAUUUUGGCUGA